UAGUAUAGAUAGGCAAAAUAAUUUUACAAGGGAUGCAACCAGAUCUGCAACCAAAAAUACAAAAUACAACACUCAUUCCCGGCUGAUUAAUUGUUUUCAUUUAUUUUUUUGUAAAAUUUGUAGGUUUUGAUCAAUGUUGUUUUUUGAUGUUCUUGUAAUUUGCACUUUUUAUCUGAAAUAAUAAUCAAAGUAAACGAUAUUUAAAGCAAACCCAGUUUUCCAAUAAUUUAUAUUUUAUUAUUUUCAAUAUUUGGACAGUCAGGGCUACAAUGAAUUUCGCAGAGGAAGACAGUGAAGACGAGUUACCUCCUGGCUGGGAAGAAAGGGUUACAGUUGAUGGCUCUGUCUACUAUGCCAACCACCUAACAAAAAACACUCAGUGGACUCAUCCGAGAACUGGAAGGAAGAAAAAGGUAGCUGGAAAUUUACCUUUUGGUUGGGAAAGAAUGGUUUCUCCAGCUGGCGAAGUAGUCUACGUAAAUCAUGAAGAUGAAAGCACCACUUAUACAGACCCUAGAUUGGCUUUUGCAAUUGAAGAAAAAGAUCAUGUAAAUGAUUUUAGACAGAGAUUUGAUGCAUCAAGUACAGCAUUAGGGGUACUUAUUGGCCGUGAUUUAUCAGGCAAAGUAGCAAUAGUCACAGGAGCAAACUCGGGUAUAGGUUUAGAAACAGCACGAUCAUUAGCAAAGCACGGCUGUACGGUGGUGUUUGCUUGCAGAAAUUUAGAAGCAGCCGAAGCCGCUAUUGAAAAAAUCCGAACUGAAGAAAGGCUGAAUAUUGCUGAUAAUUGUAUUGCCAUUCAUUUGGAUUUGACUUCGUUUGCUACUGUGAUUCAUUUUGCAAACACCAUCAAGAGUAGAUACCAACAAGUUGAUAUGCUAAUUUUAAACGCCGCUAUAUUUGGUAUGGGAUUUACCAAAACUUUGGAUGGUUUAGAAAUGUCGUUUCAAGUGAACCAUCUGUCACAUUUUUACUUAACUUUGCUUCUAGAUUCUUUGUUAGUUCAAGGAUCAAGGGUGGUUGUAGUUUCGUCAGAGUCCCAUCGUUUUGCCAAUCUAACUCUAGAAAAUCUAAGUCCAUUGUCACUAUCACCAGAAACAUGGCGUCACUAUUGGCAUCAAACAGCUUAUAACAAUUCAAAAUUGUGCAAUGUUUUAUUUGGAAGACAAUUAGCGAAAAAUCUCCAAAAGAGAGGUAUUUCUGUUUUCAGUCUUCAUCCUGGAAAUUUGGUUUCGACAGGAUUAAGCAGAAAUUGGUGGCUCUAUAGAAUGUUGUUUUUCUUAGUACGACCAUUUACAAAAAGUUUACAACAAGCAGCCUCUACUACAAUUUAUUGUGCUACAGCUCCUGAUUUACUAGGAGUAACAGGUGUCUAUUUUAAUAACUGCUGUCCCUGUCAAGAGAGUAGCACAGCCCAAGAUGACGAAAUGGCAAGAAUCUUGUGGAAUACUAGUAUUGAAAUGAUCCAAAGUGUAUUAGGACCUAAUUGCCCAGGUCUGGAAGAUAAGAGACUCUUGGAUCCAGUGUCUAAUUAAUGAGUUCAGGCAAAUAGCGGACGCUUUUAUAGACAAUGUUCAUUAUUUAUUUAUUAAAUAAAUAUAUUCAUAAGUA